AUGGUUAAAAGUAUUUCAAUAAAAAAAGAAACUAAAAACACAAUGAGUGUUUUGUUGGUCAUCGCAGAGUCGGUUGAAGAACUUGAGGCUGUGUCCAUCGCUGAUGUGGUUGCCCGAGCUGGGAUAGCUGUGACCAUUGCCACCAUUGGAGAGAAGAAAGAGACGAAAUGUUCAAGAGGAGUGACUCUUGUGGCAGACUGCUUAUUAAAGGAGUGCCAAAACAAGAAGUACGAUGUCAUCUGUCUACCAGGAGGUCUCCCUGGUGCUAAUUACUUGGCAAAAGACACUCUCUUGAUUUCGAUGCUUAAGCAACAACUAAUUGAGAAUCGAUACAUAGCCGCCAUAUGUGCUUCACCAGCUUUAGUCUUCGAGGCCAAUGGUAUUCUUGAAGGAAGACGUGCUACUUGCUACCCAUCAUUCCAACCUAAGUUACAUAAUCAAAGCGCCGUUUCACAGAGAGUUGUUGUUGACAACCACGUCAUCACAAGUCAAGCACCUGGCUCUGCAAUUGAAUUUGCUUUGGCUAUUGUUAAAGAACUGAAAGGCGAACAGAAAAUGAAGGAAACUGAGGCUCCACUAGUUUUAAACUUUACUUAUUAA